UCAUCUGUCAAAACACCCCUCCACCUCGUUCAUACAUGGUGCCUUCCACUUGGCAAACCUCCUCAUAAACCAAUGGUGGACUGCAGCUCUGUUUGGCAGUUCCUGGUUUUGGAUGUGGAACUCAGGCAUUGCAGUGGAGGACAGCCUGUGAUACGACCUCUCCACUGUCUACUCAAUAGGAUACCCACAACCCUCAACGGGAUAAGUGCUAAAGCAGAUGGAUGGAUGGAUGUUUCAGCAAGGUUAGCAUCUACUGCCUGGAUAAUUAAUUUCAAAGGAUGUGAAAGUGGAGCAGUUAUGCAGAGUGUUUUCUUUCUCUGUGGAGCUUUGCACACUCAGAGUUUUCCAGCCCAACAUUACAGGAUGGAGCUGUCACCUGUGCUCAGCCAGACCGCAGAACAGACUCGACACUCCUCUCCCAGCUGUGCCCGGGUCACACACAAUAGUCCAACAAAGACGAUGAACUCAGAGAUCCACCUACAUCAGGACGGAGACAUAUCUUCAUUUUCUGCGGCUGAAGUUGAACAAAGUCUGGAGAGGAGAGGAGUGUUAGUGGUGCAGCAGGGAUUGGAUGCAGCUACCAGGAGCAAUAAUAAAACGGGAGAAAGCAGAGGUGUCUUGGAUGACAUCGGCUUUGGGAAGCACAGCUCCCAGCAGUGUCUUCUCCCCUGUCUGCUCAGGAAACACACAGACCAUACGAUGUACCAGCCUUAUGGAACAUGGAUUAAUGCAGAGGCUCUGAGGCCGACGUGGUCUGGGUGCUAA